GAGACGGCCACGGCAGCGGGCCUCGUCGGCGAUCUCCGGCACCCCGGGAGCCCGGUUGGCGGCGCGAUGAGGCGCAGCAAGGCCGAUGUGGAGCGGUACAUCGCCUCGGUGCAGGGCUCCGCCCCGUCGCCUCGAGAGAAGUCAAUGAAAGGAUUUUAUUUUGCGAAGCUGUACUAUGAAGCUAAAGAAUAUGAUCUUGCUAAAAAAUACAUAUCUACAUAUAUUAAUGUGCAAGAGCGGGAUCCUAAAGCUCAUAGAUUUCUGGGUCUUCUUUAUGAAGCAGAAGAAAACACAGACAAAGCUGUUGAAUGUUAUAAGCGUUCUGUGGAAUUAAACCCAACACAAAAAGAUCUUGUGUUAAAGAUUGCAGAAUUGCUCUGUAAAAAUGAUGUUACUGAUGGAAGAGCACAAUAUUGGGUUGAAAGAGCAGCUAAACUUUUCCCAGGAAGUCCUGCAAUUUAUAAGCUAAAGGAACAGCUUUUAGAUUGUAAAGGUGAAGAUGGAUGGAAUAAACUUUUUGACUUGAUUCAGUCAGAACUUUAUGCAAGACCUGAUGAUGUCCAUGUGAACAUUCGACUAGUGGAGUUGUAUCGCUCAAAUAAAAGAUUGAAGGAUGCUGUGACCCACUGCCAUGAGGCAGAGAGGAACAUAGCUUUGCGUUCAAGUUUAGAAUGGAAUUCGUGUGUUGUACAGACCCUUAAGGAGUAUCUGGAAUCUUUGCAAUGUUUGGAGUCUGAUAAAAGUAACUGGCAAGCAACAAAUGAAGACUUACUUCUGGCCUAUGCUAACCUUAUGUUUCUUACACUUUCCACUAGAGAUGUGCAGGAAAGUAGAGAAUUACUGGAAAGUUUUGAUAGUGCUCUUCAGUGUGUGAAGUCUGUGGAUGGAAAUGAUGAAUUGUCAGCUACUUUCUUAGAAAUGAAAGGACAUUUCUACAUGCAUGCUGGUUCCCUGCUUUUGAAGAUGGGUCAGCAUAGUGAUGUGCAGUGGCGAGCUCUGUCUGAGUUGGCUGCAUUGUGCUAUCUCAUAGCAUUUCAGGUUCCAAGACCAAAGAUUAAAUUAAUAAAAGGAGAAGCUGGACAAAAUCUGCUGGAAAUGAUGGCCUAUGAUCGUCUGAGCCAAUCAGGGCACAUGUUGCUAAACUUAAGUCGUGGCAAGCAAGAUUUUUUAAAAGAGGUUGUAGAAUCUUUUGCCAAUAAAAAUGGACAGUCUGCUUUAUAUGAUGCUCUGUUUUCUAGUCAGUCACCUAAGGAUAGAUCUUUCCUUGGUGGCGAUGAUAUUGGAAACAUUGAUGUACAAGCACCAGAGCUGGAUGACUUGGCUAGAUAUGAUGUUGGUGCCAUUCGAGCACAUAAUGGUAGUCUUCAGCACCUUACCUGGCUUGGUUUACAGUGGAAUUCAUUGCCUACCUUACCUGCAGUUCGAAAAUGGCUAAAACAAAUUUUUCACCAUUUGCCCCAGGAAACGUCAAGGCUUGAAACAAACGCACCUGAAUCAAUAUGUAUUUUAGAUCUCGAAGUAUUUCUACUUGGAGUAAUAUAUACCAGCCACUUACAAUUAAAGGAGAAAUGUAAUUCUCACUACAGCUCCUAUCAGCCACGAUGCUUGCCACUUCCUGUGUGUAAACAGCUUUGUACAGAAAGACAGAAAUCUUGGUGGGAUGCAGUUUGUAGUCUAAUUCACAGAAAAGCAAUACCUGGAACCUCAGCAAAAUUGCGACUUCUAGUUCAGCAUGAAAUAAACACUCUAAGGGCCAAGGAAAAACAUGGCCUUCAACCUGCUCUGCUUGUUCAUUGGGCAAAAUGCCUUCAGAAAACGGGCAGCAGUCUUAAUUCUUUUUAUGAUCAGCGGGAAUACAUAGGCAGAAGUGUUCACUAUUGGAAGAAAGUUUUACCAUUGUUGAAGAUGAUCAAAAAGAAGAGCAGUAUUCCUGAACCUGCUGAUCCUCUGUUUAAACAUUUUCAUAGUGCCGACAUUCAGGUAUCUGAAAUUGGUGAAUAUGAAGAAGAUGCACACAUCACUUUUGCUAUAUUAGAUGCAGUUAAUGGAAAUAUAGAAGAUGCUAUGACUGCUUUUGAAUCUAUCAAAAACGUUGUUUCAUAUUGGAAUCUUGCCCUGAUUUUUCACAGGAAAGCAGAAGACAUUGAAAAUGAUGCCCUUUCUCUUGAAGAACAAGAAGAAUGCAAAAAUUAUCUGAGAAAGACCAGAGACUACCUAAUAAAGAUUGUAGAUGACAGUGAUUCAAAUCUUUCAGUGGUCAGGAAAUUGCCUGUGCCCCUGGAAUCUGUAAAAGAGAUGCUUAGUUCAGUCAUGCAGGAACUGGAAGACUAUAGUGAAGGAGGUCCUCUUUAUAAAAAUGGUUCUUUGCGAAAUGCAGAUUCAGAGAUAAAACAUUCUACACCAUCUCCCACCAAAUAUUCUCUAUCACCAAACAAAAGUUACAAGUAUUCUCCGAAAACCCCACCUCAGUGGGCAGAAGAUCAAAAUUCUUUACUGAAAAUGAUCUGCCAACAAGUAGAGGCCAUUAAGAAAGAAAUGCAGGAAUUGAAACUAAAUAGCAGUAACUCAGCAUCUCCUCAUCGUUGGCCCACAGAGAAUUAUGGACCAGACCCAGUGCCUGAUGGAUAUCAGGGAUCACAGACUUUUCAUGGGGCUCCACUAACAGUUGCAACUACUGGCCCUUCAGUAUAUUAUAGUCAGUCACCAGCAUAUAAUUCCCAGUAUCUUCUCAGACCAGCAGCUAAUGUUACUCCCACAAAGGGUCCAGUUUAUGGCAUGAACAGGCUUCCACCCCAGCAGCAUAUUUAUGGCUAUUCACAACAGAUGCACACACCACCCAUGCAAAGCUCUUCUGCUUGUAUGUUUUCUCAGGAGAUGUAUGCUCCUCCUCCGUUGCGUUUUGACUCUCCUGCAACAGGAAUUCUAUCACCCAGGGGUGAUGAUUACUUUAAUUACAAUGUUCAGCAGACAAGCACAAAUCCACCUUUGCCAGAACCAGGAUAUUUCACAAAACCUCCAGUUGCAGCUCAUGCUUCAAGAUCUGCAGAAUCUAAGGUUAUAGAAUUUGGAAAAACUAAUUUUGUUCAGCCCAUGCCAAGUGAAGGAAUAAGGCCAUCUUUGACAACACCAGCACAUACAACACAGCCAACUCCUUUUAAAUUUAACUCAAACUUCAAAUCAAAUGAUGGUGACUUCACAUUUUCCUCACCGCAGGUUGUGACGCAGCCCCCUUCUACGGCUUACAGUAAUAGUGAAAGCCUUUUAGGUCUCCUGACAUCAGAUAAACCUUUGCAAGGAGAUGGCUAUAGUGGAGCAAAACCAAUUCCUGGCCAAACCAUUGGGCCUCGAAAUACAUUUAAUUUUGGAAGCAAAAAUGUGUCUGGAAUUUCAUUUACAGAAAUGGGGCCAAAUCUGCAAAAGAAUUCUGGUUUUCGUCGAAGUGAUGAUAUGUUUACUUUCCAUGGUCCCGGGAAAUCAGUAUUUGGAACACCCACUCCAGAACUGGCAAACAAGAAUCAUGAAACAGAUGGAGGAAGUGCCCAUGGGGAUGAUGAUGAUGAUGGCCCUCACUUUGAGCCUGUGGUACCUCUUCCUGAUAAGAUUGAAGUAAAAACUGGUGAGGAAGAUGAAGAAGAAUUAUUUUGCAAUCGUGCAAAAUUGUUCCGUUUUGAUGGAGAAUCCAAAGAAUGGAAGGAACGUGGGAUUGGCAAUGUAAAAAUACUAAGGCAUAAAACAUCUGGUAAAAUUCGCCUUCUGAUGAGACGAGAGCAAGUAUUGAAAAUCUGUGCAAAUCAUUACAUCAGUGCUGAUAUGAAACUGACACCAAAUGCUGGGUCAGACAGAUCUUUUGUAUGGCAUGCCCUUGACUAUGCAGAUGAGUUGCCAAAACCAGAACAGCUUGCUAUUAGAUUCAAAACUCCUGAGGAAGCAGCACUUUUUAAGUGCAAGUUUGAAGAGGCCCAGAGCAUUUUAAAAGCCUCAGGAACAAAUGAAGCCACAGCACCAAAUCAGACUAUCAGGACUGUGAAAGAACCUACAAGUCAUGAUAGUAAAGAUAUUUGCAAAUCUGAUGCUGGAAACAUAAAUUUUGAAUUUCAAGUUGCAAAGAAAGAAGGCUCUUGGUGGCAUUGUAACAGCUGCUCUUUAAAGAAUGCUGCAGCUGCUAAGAAAUGUGUAUCAUGCGAAAAUCUAAACCCAAGCAAUAAAGAGCUCCUUGGCCCACCAUUAGUAGAAACUGUUUCUCCUGUUAAAACUGGCCCAGAAAAUGUUCAAGAUAGAUUUGUUUUGACACCAAAGAAAGAAGGUCACUGGGAUUGUAACACUUGUUUAGUAAGAAAUGAACCUACUGUAUCUAGGUGCAUUUCAUGCCAGAGUACAAAGUCUGCUAACAAAAGUGGGACUUCAUUUGUUCAUCAGCCUUCCUUUAAAUUUGGCCAAGGAGAUCUUCCCAAGUCUGUUAACAGUGAUUUUAGAUCUGUUUUUUCUACAAAGGAAGGACAGAGUGUUUGCAGUUCAUGCACAGUGCAAAAUGAAGGAAACACUACAAAAUGUGUUGCCUGUCAGAAUACAGGUAAACCAAUUUCAUCUACUUCUGCUGUUCCAGCUCCUGCCUCUUUUAAGUUUGGUGCUUCAGAGACAAGCAAGGCUCCGAAGAGUGGAUUUGAAGGAAUGUUCACCAAAAAGGAAGGACAGUGGGAUUGUAGUGUUUGCUUUGUACGAAAUGAGAGUUCUUCCUUAAAAUGUGUGGCUUGUGAUGCCUCAAAGCCGACUCAUAAACCUACUGCAGAAGCUCCUUCAGCUUUCACAUUGGGCCCAAAAACGAAGUUAAAUAACUCUUCUGGAAGUCAGUUGGGAACAGGAUUUAAAAGUAACUUUUCAGAAAAAGCUUUUAAAUUUGGCAGUACAGAGCAAGGAUUUAAAUUUGGGCAUGUGGAUCAAGAAAAUUCACCCUCGUUUACAUUUCAGGGUUCAUCUAAUACAGAAUCUAAGUCAAAAGAAGGAUUUAGUUUUUCCAUCCCUGCAUCUGCUGAUGGAUUUAAAUUUGGCAUUCAGGAACUAGGAAAUCAAGAGAAGAAGAGUGAAAAGCACCUUGAAAAUGACAUUGGUGUCGAGGCUCAGGAUGUUAGUAGCCAGAAGAAUGGUAGUAGUGUGAUUUUUGGUCAAACAGGUAAUACUUUUACUUUUGCAGAUCUUGCAAAAUCAACUUCAGGAGAAGGAUUUCAAUUUGGCAAAAAAGACCCUAAUUUCAAGGGAUUUUCAGGUGCUGGAGAAAGAUUAUUCUCAUCACAAAGUGGUAAAAGGUCUGAUAAAGCUAACACUUCUUCUGACCUUGAGAAAGACGAUGAUGCCUAUAAGACAGAAGACAGUGAUGACAUCCAUUUUGAACCAGUAGUUCAAAUGCCUGAAAAAGUAGAACUUGUAACAGGAGAAGAAGAUGAAAAAGUUCUGUAUUCACAGCGGGUAAAAUUAUUUAGGUUUGAUGCUGAAAUAAGUCAGUGGAAAGAAAGGGGUUUGGGGAACUUAAAAAUUCUCAAAAAUGAGGUCAAUGGCAAACUAAGAAUGCUGAUGAGAAGAGAACAAGUACUAAAAGUGUGUGCUAAUCACUGGAUAACGACUACGAUGAACCUGAAGCCUCUAUCUGGAUCAGAUAGAGCAUGGAUGUGGUUAGCUAGUGAUUUCUCUGAUGGUGAUGCCAAGCUAGAGCAGCUGGCGGCAAAAUUUAAAACACCAGAGCUGGCUGAAGAAUUCAAGCAGAAAUUUGAGGAAUGCCAGCGACUUCUAUUAGAUAUACCACUUCAAACUCCCCAUAAACUUGUAGAUACUGGCAGAGCUGCCAAGUUAAUACAGAGAGCUGAAGAAAUGAAGAGUGGACUGAAAGAUUUCAAAACAUUUUUGACAAAUGAUCAAACAAAAGUCACUGAUGAAGAGAGUAAGAGUUCAGGUGCAGGUGCUGCCAGUGCAUCAGACACAACAGUCAAACCAAAUCCCGAACACCCUGGGCCCACAUCAGAAUGGGAUAACUGUGACUUAAGGGAAGACACUUUGGAUGACAGUGUGAGUAGUAGCUCAGUACAUGCUUCUCCAUUGGCAAGCAGCCCUGUGAGAAAAAAUCUCUUCCGCUUUGGUGAGUCAACAACAGGAUUUAACUUUAGUUUUAAAUCUGCUUUGAGUCCAUCUAAGUCUCCUGCCAAGUUGAAUCAGAGUGGGACUUCAGUUGGCACUGAUGAAGAAUCUGAUGUUACUCAGGAAGAAGAGAAAGAUGGACAGUACUUUGAACCAGUUGUACCUUUACCUGAUCUAGUUGAAGUAUCCAGUGGUGAGGAAAAUGAACAAGUUGUUUUUAGUCACAGAGCAAAACUUUAUAGGUAUGAUAGAGAUGUUGGUCAGUGGAAGGAAAGGGGCAUUGGCGAUAUAAAGAUUUUACAGAAUUAUGAUAAUAAGCAAGUUCGCAUAGUGAUGAGGAGGGACCAGGUAUUAAAACUUUGUGCCAAUCACAGAAUAACUCCAGACAUGACUUUGCAAAAUAUGAAAGGGACAGAAAGAGUUUGGGUAUGGACUGCUUGCGAUUUUGCAGAUGGAGAAAGGAAAGUAGAACAUUUAGCUGUCCGUUUUAAACUACAGGAUGUUGCAGACUCAUUUAAGAAAAUUUUUGAUGAAGCAAAAACAGCCCAAGAAAAAGAUUCUUUGAUAACACCUCAUGUUUCUUGUUCGAGCACUCCCAGAGAGUCACCAUGUGGCAAAAUUGCCGUAGCUGUAUUAGAAGAAACUACAAGAGAGAGGACAGACUUAAUUCAGGGUGAGGACGUAGCAGAUGCAGCUUCAGAAGCUGGAGAAGUGUCUAGCAUGUCUGAAACAACAACAAAAGCAGUGGUUUCUCCUCCGAAGUUUGUGUUUGGUUCAGAGUCUGUUAAAACCAUUUUUAGUAGUGAAAAAUCAAAACCAUUUGCAUUUGGCAACAGUUCAGCCACUGGGUCUUUGUUUGGAUUUAGUUUUAAUGCACCUUUGAAAAAUAACAAUAGUGAAACUAGUUCAGUAGUCCAGAGUGGAUCUGAAAGAAAAGUAGAACCUAACAAGUGCGAACUGUCAAAGAACUCUGGUACCAAACAAUCUUCAGAUGGCAAAGUCAAAAAUCUUUUUUCUUCUUUUCCAAAAGAAGAGUCCUCAACUGAUUACACAUUUAAAACUCCAGAAAAGGGAUUUAAUUUUAGCCUUUUUAAAUCUAAUCCAAUGGCCUUUUGGACCAGCACCUCUUCCUCAGAGCCUGAGAGCAAAGCAAAAGAGAAGGAAAAACCUGAAGAUCCUCCCUCAGAUGAUGAUGUUCUUAUUGUAUAUGAACUAACCCCGACUCCUGAGCAAAAAGCCCUUGCAGCCAAACUUAAACUUCCUCCAACUUUCUUCUGCUAUAAGAAUAGACCAGAUUAUGUUAGUGAAGAAGAGGAGGAUGAUGAAGAUUUUGAAACAGCUGUCAAGAAACUUAAUGGAAAACUCUAUCUGGAUAACUCAGGAAAAUGUAGGCCAUUGGAAGAAAAUCUGCCAGAUAAUGAGAAAGAAUGUGUUAUUGUUUGGGAAAAGAAACCAACAGUUGAAGAGAAGGCAAAAGCAGAUACAUUAAAGCUUCCACCUACAUUUUUUUGUGGAGUCUGCAGUGAUACAGAUGAGGAAAACGGAAGUGGGGAAGACUUUCAUUCAGAGCUUCAAAAAGUUCAGGAAGCUCAAAAAUCCCAGAGGGAGGAAAUAACGAGCACAGCCACCAGUGUGUAUUCAGGUGGGACUGAAGUGACCAUACCUUUUUUCUGUAAAUCUGAAGAACCUGAUUCUAUUACCAAAUCUGUUUGUUCACCACCUAUUUCCUCUGGAACUGAGGACAAACCUGUAGACUUGUCUACUAGAAAGGAAACUGAUGCAGAUUCUACAAGCCAAGUGGAAAGCAAAACAGUUUCAUUUGGAUUUGGAAAUAGCACAGGGCUGUCAUUUGCAGACUUGGCUUCCAGUAAUUCUGGGGAUUUUGCUUUUGGUUCUAAAGAUAAGAAUUUCCAGUGGGCAAAUACUGGAGCAGCUGUGUUCGGAACACAGCCAGCCAGUAAAGUUGGUGAAGAUGACGAUGGUAGUGAUGAAGAAGUAGUUCAUAAUGAAGAUAUCCAUUUUGAACCAAUAGUAUCAUUACCAGAGGUAGAAGUAAAAUCUGGAGAAGAAGAUGAAGAAAUUUUGUUUAAAGAGAGAGCCAAACUUUAUAGAUGGGAUCGAGAUGUCAGUCAGUGGAAGGAACGUGGUAUUGGAGAUAUAAAGAUUCUCUGGCAUACAAUGAAGAACUAUUAUCGGAUCCUAAUGAGAAGAGACCAGGUCUUUAAAGUGUGUGCAAACCAUGUUAUUACCAAAACAAUGGAGUUAAAACCCUUGAAUGUUUCAAAUAAUGCUUUAGUUUGGACUGCCUCAGAUUAUGCUGAUGGAGAAGCAAAAGUGGAACAGCUUGCGGUGAGAUUUAAAACUAAAGAAAUGGCUGAUUGUUUUAAGAAAAAAUUUGAAGAAUGUCAACAGAAUUUGUUGAAACUGCAGAAAGGACAGGUGUCAUUGGCAGCAGAAUUAUCAAAGGAGACCAAUCCUGUGGUGUUUUUUGAUGUUUGCGCGGAUGGUGAACCUCUAGGGCGUAUAACCAUGGAAUUAUUUUCAAACAUCGUUCCUCAGACUGCUGAGAACUUCAGAGCACUGUGCACUGGAGAGAAAGGCUUUGGUUUCAAGAACUCUAUUUUUCACAGAGUGAUUCCAGAUUUUGUUUGCCAAGGGGGAGAUAUCACCAAACAUGAUGGAACAGGAGGAAAGUCCAUUUAUGGAGAUAAAUUUGAAGAUGAAAAUUUUGAUGUGAAACAUACUGGUCCUGGCUUACUAUCCAUGGCCAAUCGAGGCCGGGAUACCAAUAAUUCUCAAUUUUUUAUAACACUGAAAAAAGCAGAACAUUUGGACUUUAAGCAUGUAGUAUUCGGUUAUGUUAAGGAUGGCAUGGAUACUGUGAAAAAGAUUGAAUCAUUUGGUUCUCCUAAAGGGUCUGUUAGUCGAAGAAUUAGUAUCAUAGAAUGUGGACAGACAUAAAAUCAUUGUUUUUCGUAGUAAAUUUUAUCUGUUUAAGCGGUUGAAUUGAAGCUUAGUUGUUAUAGACAAUAUGAUGAUUAUGUUCAGCUUUUGAAAAUGGACAUUUCUGAUGUAUAAAUGUAAAAUUGCAGCUUAUAGCUGUUCUCACUUUUUAAUGUGUUAUAAUUGACCUUGCAUGGUGUGAAAUAAAAGUUUAAACACUGGUGUA